AUGACCCCUCCGGGUAACAUUAUCAACUCUGCCGCAAACUCCGUCAGAUCCGGCAACGAGAACCGAUUCCGGCGUCAGCGCCGGCAGGGUUUCCCGGCCCUUGGGAUUUCGGUGCUCGAGUCUGCAACGGACGCGGAACAUGCCACGGACCUCCUGGACAUCAAGUUUCGCGGAUUGGAAGUUGAUCGCAGAAGGAGCGAGCUAGACCUUCAGUCUGCCACCGUGAAGGGACGCACCAAGGAGCAGGCGCAGAUCCUGGCAAUAACCCAUGGACUGCAAGAAGGCAUCGAAGAUCUCCUCGCCGGUCGCAUAUUUCGACCUGGUGAAAGUGACGAGGUGGCCGUGGAUUCAAGCAGUGCAGAUUCAGAUUCCAGCAGCAGCCCACCGCCAACCUCGCCGAAGGAUGUCAAGGUCCAGGAGGCCGAAAAGCAGGAGGUGCCACAGGAGGCUGCAGAUCCAGUCAAGUUCAAGAAAAAGCUGGCUGGCAUGCCUGGUUGGAUGACAGGCGAGGUGUCUGAAGACGAGGACUCGAACAGUGAACAAGGGUCUGCCCCAGAAGAUCCAAGCGACGAUGACAGUGUCGACGGCUUCUUGAAUAUAAACUACCACGACAUUGAUGAUAUCGUGCAAGAGACGGACCACAGCAAAAUCGAGCAGCAAGUCAAUGCAGGCAGAGCCGCGACUAACCGAAUCAUGUACGAGUGGAAGGAGUUCGCCCGGGUGAAGCUGACUGAGCAGCUGAACAAUUGGUUUCAGCAAAGGAUGCAACAGGGAGAGCGUGAUGUUGCAGAGCUGGACAGCACCGAAGCAGAAUCCUUGGAGACCAUGGCUGCCCAGUCUGAAGGGGUCAAGGGGGUGAAGAGUGGCAUCGAACAGAAGGACAUGGCUCUCUUCUCCACGAUAAGCUGCUUCCAGCAGAAGUUUGCGCAACGCCUGGACGAGCAUUGGGAAUCGAAGAGGAAGAGCGCAGAAGAACUUCUUGCCAGAGUGCAGCAGGAAGAAGAAGAGAAGCACCAGGAGAGGCUCAGGCGCCAGGCGGAAAGAGCUGCGAAGAAGUUUCAUGACAUUGAUGACCAGAUUGCCGACCUCAGGGACAAUGUUGAGCAGAUCAAAGGGGAGAUUCAGAGGAUGGAGCUAAUGAAGCAAACGAUGCCUGCAAAGACCCGGCGCAACUCAACCGGGAACAAAGCGGCAGAGGUUCUCUCGAUCAUUUCAUCUCAGCAGGAGGAGGCGCAAGUUCUCUCCGGGAAGCUUGCCCUGGGCAGCCAAAGGCUGGAGUCCCUGGAAGAUGCGGUCGAAAAGGCCAAGACGUUCUUCAUGAGUGCAGGUUUCAAGAGCAAGAAGAUUCGGAUCCCCCCGGCUGACGAUCCUGCUUACCUUCUGGUCAGCGAGGCGGUGGUGAGCCAGAUGCAGGCCGUUCUGGCACAGCUUAUGCUGGAAGACGAGGCGCUCGCUGAGAGCGUCUCCUUGGCCUACAGCACCUUCAGCCGUCCUGGUGGAAAGAAGAAGGUCAGGAAUGGAAUGCUCAAGCUGGAGGACACGCGCAAGGAAGGGGACCAAAAGCUUUCCGGCUCGGAAAGCUUCCAGCAAGUUGAGGAGAUUGUUGUCAGCAACGACCCGGAGCAGAGACGGCUGAAGUUCAAGGAAAUCGAAGCUGAGAGCACUUCUUUGAGGGAAGAAAUUGCAAUUCUACAGAGCGUGCUGGAACAGCCCAUUCUGCCGACGAGAACCCAUGCAGAGCAGGAGCCACUGGGCAGCGAAGAACAUACGGAUGAAGGCGAAACACAGGAUGAAGGUGGAGAGGACAAAGAGGCACAAGAUGCAAAGCCAAGCCUUGAGGAGGUGUACCGUCGACUCUUGUCCACAGCUGAAGACACGGUCGAGAUCAUCAAGCAGAAGAAGGGUGUCUUGACGAGCGAAAGAGGCAAAAGCAAGUCGCGAGACUUUGCAAACGGAGGCGAGGCCGGCACGCCGGCGAAUGCAUCCGAGGCACGCAACAAUCCCGAAUUGGACGAGCAGCUGAAGGUGCAGCAGACCAAAGCCGCCCGUCUGUCCGAGGAGGAGAAAGCCAUGAAGGUGCAGCUGAAGCGCUUGAGAGCUGCCACUGCGCAGGACAGGAGAAGAGCGCAGGCCGCCAAGAGCUCCAAGGUCGCAGCUGCAGGCACCACGGGGCCAUCCGGCACUGGUGCGACCGAGGCGCCCGAUGUGUCACCUUCCCAGGACUCGGCACAGGGCGCACCGACUGGUGGCGACGCUGGCGGUGAUGCCGGAGAAGAGCCUGAAGGCUUCCUGGAAGAUGGUGAGGGACCUCCAGGUGAAAGUCCUCUCUCCAGUGCCAGUGAGCUGAAGAAACGGCGGCGGAGGAUCAGCCGAGAGGAAGCCGCGCAGCCAGACGACGCCUUGAGGAAGCAGCUCAAGGACAACCUGACAGCCGAGAAAGAGUUAGAGGCCCUUCGCCAGCAGCUGCAGGAUCUGAAGAAUUCACUUCCGCCAGAACCUUCAGGCACCGGCUCCUUGAGUCCCACCCGAGCACGCAGGAAUUCUCGCGUUCACGUCUCCGAGCCAUCAGCGGAGAGUGCCGGAGAUGCUUCGCCAAGCGCCGCGAGCACCAGGUCGAGAUCCAGAAGAGCUUCCUCGAGAAAGUCUGCUUCGGCGGGGCGCCGUUCGAGUGCCAGGCCCGUUGACAAGCCCGUUGAAGAGCCCUCCCUCAGCGAGGAGCAGCGCCAGGAGAACGCGCUGAAGCUGAAAGACCUCAUAGCGGGCUGUCAGAAACUUGCUGAAGAGAAGGAAGCCUUCGAAAAGGAGCUGGCAUCUAUCGAAGACAAGAUUCGACGGGUAAAGAGCAUGGACUCAGGAAAUGUGGUCGCGGCAUUGAAGAAGGAUGUCCAGCAAGAAAAGAAAGAGGCUGACACUAGCGAGGUGAAGGAGCUCAAGGCUGAAAUAAAGAAGAAGACUUCGCAGGUGAAUGCAAUGAGGAGGACAUGGCAAGAGAUGCAGGGAUCGAACAAGCGAGGCAGCACUAGUGCUGCAGUUGAGGAGGAGAGACAGAGAGAAGUGGCCAAGCGCUUUGCCCAUGUUCUGUCCUUCCUCAGGGCUGCGAAGGCUGCCGAGCUUGCCAAAGAGGCAGAAAACGCAGGUCUCGUCACUGAAAGUGGCGAUGCGGAAGUAGUGGGCAGGAGUGCCUCAAAGUUCCUGAUGUCCAUUCGCAAGGACAAGAUGGCCGAAGCCUCAAAAUGUGGGCUUCUGGUGGAUUCGACAGCUGUCUCUGCAGAGGCUGCGCAGCUCUCGGAGAACUUGCAGGCGCAAGGUGCAGCACCCGUGAACGUCGGGGCCCGGCGACCUUCGGUGAGUCUUGGCACUCCGCUCGCUACUCCUUCCCCACUACCCUCAGAGUCGCCUGUGUCGCCUGAAGUUUCAGGAGGAGCCUCACGGCAGGGCUUCAACCGCAUGAUGGCUGAGGCAAGGACUGGACAUCGUCCAAGCAUAUUCGGACGACAGCACAGUGCCACUUCUUCAGAUGAUGACGCGCCGCGGCCAUCGCGAAGAGUUUCGGCGACGACAUCUCUACAGGUUCCCCGCACCACUGAAGAUGGCGAGCCGGUGCGGCGCCGAUCCUUCAACAACAUCCUGGAGAAGGCCCGAAUGCGCAAGCCGAGAGAGGAGGAAGCGUCCCCCGGCACUCCGGGAGACAAGGCAAACUCUGCCGUCAGAUUUGCGUCGGCUGGCUAG